ACAAACACAACAUCAAUCAAAAUGGAGAAAGCAAAGGCAGCCGUUGGCAACUUCCUCUCUAAGGAUGGAAAGCAUGAUACUACUGUCCACGAGACCGUCAACCCAGCCGUUCAGCAAGAACACGUCACUCCCACCAGACACGAAAAUGUCACCACCGCAGUAGACCGUGAGGUCCACCAAGAUCACCAUCACACCUCCGUCCAACCCAUCUUGCACAAGGAAGUCCUCCCAGAACAACACACCCACCAAAUGGGCGGCGUCGAGCACCGCAACAUCAAGCACGGUAACGACUCUCACGUCAAGGACCGCCUCGCAGCCGAGGCAGCCCAAUUCAAGAACACCCGCGAGGUCGGUGAGACACAACACACCAGCGCUGCCGCCCCAUCUGUUGCAGGUGAACACGUUCACCACCACGUGCACGAGAACAUUCAACCCGUCGUCCAAAAGGAGACCGUUCAGCCAUCCGUCGUCCACACCACCGUUCCCAUCCACGAAGUUCACCAGAACGAGGCCAAGCACCACACUGCUACCUCUCUGCCACCUGUGAGCAUGGCCGAGUUCAACAAGCAAGGUGGAUCUCUCACUGGUCGUGAGGAGCGCACCGAUGCUUUCGGAGGUGAGCCGAGAUCUGUUGGCGGUACCUUGGGAGGUGCCGGUGCUCGUGGCACUACUUCUUUGACUGAGAAUGAUACCACAAGAUCGGGUCACCACUCUGGUAACCACCUCGGAUCUACAGGCACGACUGGUACUACUGGAUCAGGAUUGGGAAGCUCAACAACUGGUACAUCAGGUACCUCUGGUUAUGAUUCCACUGGAACCAAGACUAAGCCAAGCAUGAUGGAUAAGUUGAACCCAAAGAAGGAUGCUGAUGUGAAGGCUAUUCCAGGUCGUGAAAUCAUAUGCGCAGUUUGCACAGCCGACAGUAUCAGAACUCGUUUCAAUAACUCUUCAUCUGAGAGUCCUCACAAUCCAUUAUUUCUCCUAGUCAAGAUCUCGGCAUCUCGGUACUCACACUUGACCUACCCCAUCACCACAACUCUCAAAGCUCCACUCCCAAUCCCGCUCCAAGCUCCCCGACACAUCCGAAAGCCUUUUAUCAACACCUCCGAGAUUCAAGCAUCAUCUUUUCUUUUUCAAAGUGACGCACUUUCGGAAGCCCAUGGUGUCGAUGUGCAACAAAGGUUGGCGAGGCUAGAUGAGAUGCAUUUUGGGAGCAGAAGAAGGAAGUAAUGUUUGGUUUCGGUUGUGGAUUGUGACGUCGUGGUGGCCUGGAACUGAUGAGAACUUGCUUUCGGAUAGCGGGCAGAGAAGGUUUGGGAAGAGGGGGUUGAGGCAAGGUUUUAAAGUUAGGUAGGAGAGGGGGAGGAUAGCGCAUGGCAGUGGAAGGCAGUGAGGAUAUGCACGUGAUAGAUUGAUUAUCCUUCGUCCCCGAGACAUCGAGAUCCGCCGUGAGUCUAAAAA